UCCGCAUAUAGAAUGGAGGUUACAAGAAGAAAUAGGACACAACACGUUGCCGAAAAAAAGGAUCGUCUCCGUCACUUCGCGGUCGGAACGGACAUGAAUAGAAUCGGUCACGGACGCGCGCGGACGCCGUCAUUGUGAUGUGGGCGGAAUUCUUUUUUUACUUGGAGUCUGGCGUUCUUUAGCGAUUAUCUUUAUUUACCUCCGAAUGAUGUCAAAUUUAUAUUGCUGUGAACAAACGAUCAACAGAAACCAUGGAUAGUAAACCCAUCACAUGUCCUGUCGAUAUUUGAAUUAUAAGCAAAAGUUCUUUCUCGCUGGUUUGCUCAAAAAACACAGAAUAUAAAGAUCUCGAGAAAUCGGAGAAACGAUCCAAGAGAGUCGAGCAAGAUAGAUGCGAGAAAGAGAGAUAGAGAAGGAAUGAGGCAUAGUGGUGGUGUGUAGAUGGAUGGCAUGGAUGGUUAUUUGGCAUAACGCGGUGGGGAUAAAAUUCGACCGAAAUAUCGUACCGGAGCGGGAAACACGAUGACACCGCCGGUCAUCGUCGCCGAGCCGUUGUUAGCGAGAGCUGUGCAAACGAAUUUUCCAUUUAAUCAUCAUUCAUUGAAAGACACGACAAGAUAUAAUGGACAACAACGCUAAAUACACAGUGAUACCUCUUCAUCAUCGGCCUGAAUUAAUCAAAGAUUGUUGUAAGUUACUUAAUUCUGAAUGGCCUCGAAGCGAAAGUGCACGAAUGAAAUCUCUAAAUGUGUCUUGCGAAGAUUUUCCUACAUCUUUGGUUCUAAUUAACAAAGAUGAUAAGGUUCUUGGACACUGCAAAAUAUCUUUGGUGGCCAAAUCAAAAGUUAGCUGUUUCAUAGAAUCAGUUGUGAUUGACUAUCGAUAUAGAUCUCAAGGAUUAGGAUCUAGAUUAUUGCGCGGCGUGGAAGAGUACGUUGCGAAGAAGGGCUUGAAGAAUGUCUACUUAAAGACUGACGGUCAGGAGGUGUUUUACUAUAAAAACGGAUACAAAGUAUGUGAUCCGUUCAAAGCAUACGGUAUUAACGACAUCAUAACCGCCAGUCCGCCCCUCGGAAGGAGCAAAUUCAAGGAGCGAAAUGGCGAUCAAUCUAACGGGCAGCCGCCACCGCCGCCACCUCCGAUGCCGACGUUCCAACUGUCCAAGUUCUUCGACAUGCGAAUGCAGUCUCCAAAGACACACAUGGUAAAAAAAUUGUGAUAGCAUUACUAUCAACAUGUCGGAAUGUUCCGUGCAUUUUCUGCUUUGGCUAAGAGCUCCACACCGUGCAUUCGCACAAUAGAUUGAAAUUAAAUGCUUAAAAACGAAUACAAUUAUCAAAAAUAGUAAAGAGUACAAAACAGGAUAAAUUAUAGAUUAAGAAACAGAAUAAAUGAUAGAUCAAGAAGCAGGAUAAAUUAUAGAUCAGGAAACAUGAUAAAUUAUACAUUGAGAUAGACAAUUUAGCUCAUUGUUCUUUAGUAGCGGACUUGGGCAUUUUUGUUCCGAAAGUCAUAUGCACGUGAAUAGAAGUCAAUUUGAAUGAACAUUACUCGAAAUUAUUCGCGAGUAAAAAUGCAUUUGAUUUUUCGAUUUAACCGAACAACGUGAAUUACUGAAUACACCAAACUCUAUUUAUAAAAAUUACAAAAAUCCAUAUAGAAAAUUAUUUUAAUUUUCUAACUUUAAUAUAGCUAUUUAUAAUUCUAAUUUAUGGAUGAAUCAGUAAGCAGGUUUAUCCUUAGCUUUUUAGUACAAUUUGUUUCAUAAUCGUACCUUUAUUUAUUUCAAAUAUUAUUCUUUCUUUAUCUGUUGUCUCCAGCAACAGAAUAACACGAAUACGCUCACUCUUUUCCAUCCAGCUCAUGCAAUUCGUUGAUUGCAAAUGCCAAACUUAUCAAAUGUGAUUUCUAACAAAUAUACAUAUAUAAUUAAUAUAUUUUUCCAAUAGAAACAUA